AUGACAUCUGAAACACUUGAAAUCGCAGCGGACUUUGUAGUGGUAGGUGGAGGUUCAGCUGGAUGUGUUGUGGCCACCCGAUUAGCUGAAUAUGGCUUUGAGACCAUACUUAUUUCGAGUGGUUCAAACGAUACAGAAAAUCCAAUUAUGAAGUUAAAGUCUUCAUACAGUCAAUUAUACAAAUCCCCUCAGUUCAAGCACUACCUUGUCCCAGAGCCUAGUCCUAAUCUGAAUAACCGUACAAUCAAUGUGACUGUUUGGAAUACUCUGGGAGGAAGUAGUGUUAAUGAUGGCGGAAUGGAACGGAUGAUGGCAAAUGACUGGAACGCUUUUGUUCAGGCAACUAGUGAUGAAUCGUUCAAUCAUCAGCACAUGGCGAAAUACUACAAAAUGUCGGAAUCCUUUACGUCGACUGACCCAUCUUUUGCAUCUGAAAUUCACGGUCAUAGCGGACCCAUCAAAGUAACGAAGACUCAUGACACAGCUUUCAACAAGGUGUGGAAGAACGUUGCCAAGGAAAUCGGCGAAGUAUUUAGUGACGACUUAGCAGGAAGUAUCGAUUAUGGCUUCUCAUUUGAAGCUUCCUCGCUAACAAAUGAUGUGAGAAGCUGGAGCGGAGACGCCUAUCUAAUUUCCGCUGUCGCCAGAUACUCAAACUUAAAAGUAAUACUGGAUGCUACUGUCAUUAAAUUCGAUCUGAAUGCGGAGACAAAACGGAUAAACCAAGUUAUAUUCGUCUCUUCCGACGGCUUACAUAGCGCCGUCGCGAGGAAAGAGUAUAUUCUGUCUGCUGGAGCCUUUUAUAGUCCUCAUCUUUUGAUGCUAUCUGGUAUAGGCGAUUCUCAUGUAUUAAAGCAGAAUAAAAUAGCAGUGAGACAUGAGUUAAAACAAGUAGGAAAAAAUUUAAUGGAUAAUGGAGCAGUAGUUGUUAAAUAUUUAACUACGGGAUCAGACACUGGACUAUCUGCCCCAGUCGCUCUAGUUAAUACACGAUUACCUACGACGAAUUAUAAUCCUAACCUAUUCUUUUUACUACACAGAAAUGAUAAAACAAAGCAUUUGUACGCAGUUAUAUUUAAUGCUUCUCCAAGCUCAACAAUCGGAUCCGUUUCAUUAUACAAUUCCAAUCCGCUAGUCCCGCCGAAAAUAAAUCUAAAUUAUUUAGAAAGUGAAGAUGACAUUAAAACUUUCGUAGAUGGUAUACACUAUGUUCGAAAGGUUAUGUCAACAAAUGCUAUGAACGAACAUAUGCAAGCGACUGAAAUUUCACCUGGAACAGAAGAGAUAGACUUAUCUAUGUAUGUCAGAAACACGUUAACAGCGUCUAAUCAUUUCAUUGGCACGUGCUCGAUGGGAGAAAGCGCGCAAAAUUCAGUAGUCAAUAGCCGAUUCAAAGUGCAUGGAAUCAGCAACCUUCGAGUAGUAGAUGGAUCAGUGUUUCCCGCAGGCUUUGCAUCAAAAACAGGACCCUUGCAAACAAUAUACAGUCUAGCAGAAAAAGCAGCUCAUCUAUUGCAUGAAGAAUAUUCGUAA